AAGCGCAGUCGAACCAACUAUUUGAAAUAUAAGCAACAACAUUGAGGGGCGGCGAGGAACAGUUUUGGUUUAAGAAUGCGGGGAGGCGUUAUUGGAAGUAUAAGCUUCCUUGCCUUCCUGUUGUUCCAUUACACGAAUGGUCAAAAUAUUUUAUUAAACUCGCAAGCUCAGGAUUUAAAAGAAGAUUUAAGUGAAGCCAAGGCAUCGAAUGAAGAUGUUAUAUUGAAAAGUACUGAAAGUGAUUAUCCAAAUAAUAUUUCUGGUAGUAAUGAUAACGACAAAAAUACAAAAUCACAAGAUGUUUUAAAGCCCGAGAGUCGAAUUUUAUUUGAAACUUACCAACCAUUGAUUUCUUCUAAAGAAGUGACUGAAAACAAAGAAGAGGAAAAUUUAAACACUAAAGAACUAAAAUCUGCAGAAGAUGAAGAAAAUGAUAUAAACCCGGAGGGAAAAUCUAGUUACAGUUCGGCGAUUGCAACCACAAGCAAUUCAUUUAGCAACAGCUUUGCUAAAGCAACUGCUAUAUCAUCAGGCGGAUACGGUUCCUUUUCACCAUAUGGAACUCAUUUGCCAAACUCAGCUUCUAGCUUGGCUCAAGCACAUAGUAAUGGUAAUGCCCAAGCUGCAGCGUCAUCCCAAAGCAACUCCUACUAUAGAUCAACACAUGGUUUUGCUCCGCCAAGUCCGUCCUUGGGACUAGGAUCUUUAUCCCUGGCGAAUGCUAAUGCGCAGUCUACGGGUUAUGGAAGAUGGAAUCCAUUUGUGUCCAGUCCAGACGUAAAUUAUGCAUCAGGAAUGGCACAAGAGCAAUCAGAUUACGGGAACUCUUACGGAUUAGAAUUUUAUAAACCAGAUUUUAGUUAUGAUCCGGCAGCAGCUGAUUCAAGUGGAUGGGUUCCGUAUGGUCCAGAGAGUUAUCCCGACCAAAGCUACACGGCAGAAGGUCAGGCAUCAAUGUCGUUAGCGUUUUAUGAACCAGGACGAGUAAGGCAAAUUUUACCUCAGGAAUACAUAAUUCCUCAAUCAACUUCCGGAUAUGAUGAAAUUGUAUGCAGGCGAGCUGGUGAUUUAUACAGCAUACUAACACUGGACAAUAGAUGUCUGAUAUGUACGUGUAGGGCAGUCCUUGGGCAAUUGAGGCCUGUAUGUACCAGCUGUGACGCCUGUUUCGCACUACCAUUACCGGAACCGGAACCGGAACCGAUACCGGUGCCAAUACCGGUGCCGCCGCCUGAGCCACAAUUGUCAUGCUCACCCCUACCAGAGGACACGCCUUUCCAGAAUCCAUUGAAUCCGUGCCAAAUAUGUAUUUGUGCUCAUGUAUACAAUGCGAUCGGACAGCUCGACAUACAGAUAGACUGUCAGGAUAAUCCAGAAUGCCGAUUGCCUGCUGAUAUCAUUCCGAUACCACCCAUGCCUGAACCGCCGGUACCGGUGCCAAUGCCCCUUUGCGAGAAGUUCCCAUCCGAAAUACUUUUCCCACAUCCAACAGAAAGUUGCAGAAUUUGCAAGUGUGUCGUCGAGAUAUUGUCAUUUGGUAUACCGGAGCAACGUAUUAUAUGUAUCCCAAUCCCUGAAUGCGAACAAUCCUGGCUAGAACCGGAACCAUACCCCAUUAUUGAGCCAGUACCCGAGCCAGAACCAUGGCCAAUUCCAGAACCCUUACCUUCACCCCCGGAACCAUGGCCUAUAGUUGAACCAGAACCAUGGCCAAUUCCAGAUAUACUGCCGCCUGCACCUGAACCCUGGCCUAUUAUUGAGGAACCAUGGCCAAUUCCAGAUAUACAGCCACCUGAAUCCUGGGAAAUCAUCGAACCUUUACCACCAAUGCCAGAACCUUGGUAUCCAGAUGAACCAAUUGAACCAUGGCCCGUUAUUGAGCCUUUACCAGAACCAUGGCCUGCUCCAGAAUACCCACCUUGGCCUCCACAACCCUCAGAACCUGAAAUAUGGCCUGAUAUUGAACCCUUACCCCCAGCUCCAGAACCUUGGCCAAUUCCAGAACAAUAUCCGCCAUCUCCAGAACCCUGGCCGAUUCCAGAACAAUAUCCGCCAGCUCCAGAACCUUGGCCGAUUCCAGAACAAUAUCCGCCAGCUCCAGAACCUUGGCCGAUUCCAGAACAAUAUCCGCCAGCUCCAGAACCUUGGCCGAUUCCAGAACAAUAUCCACCAGCUCCAGAACCUUGGCCGAUUCCAGAACAAUAUCCACCAGCUCCAGAACCUUGGCCGAUUCCAGAACAAUAUCCACCAACUCCAGAACCUUGGCCGAUUCCAGAACAAUAUCCGCCAGCUCCUGAACCUUGGCCGAUUCCAGAACAAUAUCCGCCAGCUCCAGAACCUUGGCCAAUUCAAGAAAUAGAGUUGCCAGAACCUAUGCCACUUCCAGAACCACAACCAUUACCUUGGCCACCUGUGUUACCUGAUGCAUCACUUAGUCCUCUACCUGGACCACCACCUCAUCAAUCAUGUCAACCUUAUCCACCGAACAUGCCAUUCCAACAUCCAUGGGAUGAAUGCAGAGUUUGUGUGUGCAGUGAGUUCCAUGCGAUCGGUAUCACCAACAUUGAAGUUAACUGUUACACGAAACCAUCGUGCUGCGUUGAACUACCAUUCCCAGAACCAUAUCCCGAACCAUUACCCCUCCCCCCACCAAUUCAACAAACAAUUCCUCAACCUAUUCAGUAUAUAGAGCCACAGUUUCCGGCUUUACAACUAACUUCAGAUCAGAUCUGUCAAUAUCAAGAUAUCGGAUCCGAAUUUAUAAGCCCCGAAGACGUCUGUAAAGUGUGCUCCUGUCAACUAUUCGGAAACUAUGUUGCUCCAGUCUGUAGACGCUCUAGGAGGCCUGAAUGUGCGGUAUCAACGGAUCUGCCGUCGUUUAACAACGUAGUGUUUAUUGAGCCAAAGUGUCGUUAUCGACUUCCGAAUCAGCCAUACGUGGUGGAUUGCAACGUGUGUUCCUGUCAACCUGUUUUUAAUUACGUCAUCGCUCGAUGCACCCCACAACCUAGCUGCGAUGUUUUAUCACCAUUAGCUCCGGGUGGAUCAUACAGCAAUGCAGAAGCGAGUGCUUCUGCGAAUUACAAUUCAUACGGAUUAGGUGAUUCGUCUUUGGCUCAAGCAUCAUCUAAUUCUCUGUAUACCCACUCAGCAGAAGCAAUCGCACAUGCUCAGUCAAACGUGAACACAAAUAUGGGAGGCAGUUCUGCCUACGCUGAAAGCUUGUCCAAUUUAGGCAACAAAUAUCCUUACGGCAUAAAUUUCCCCGGAUCAUAUGACAUUUCAUCAUCUGCCCAAGCUAAUGCCGUAGCUAACGUGCCAAAUGGCAAUGCGUAUCCCUAUUAUGAUGAAAAUUACUAUGGUACCGCUCAUAGUCAAGCCGCCGAACAAGCGGCGUACUCUCAAGCAAUGGCCAGUGCAACGCAGAAUUCCUUCAAUCAGUUCGGCAGUCAAGCUUUUGGCUCAGCAGAGGCUUUAGGUAAUAGUCAAUAUGGCCUGUAUGGAGGGUAUCCCUACUAUAACGGAAUGCUAGAUGUAAAUCAAAUGCAACCGGGAUCUCUGGCGACAUCUGAACUUUAUCAAGGUCUAUACCAAAAGCCUGUGACCCAAACGACAGGAAUGUAUCAAGCGGGUAUGUCUGGAUGGGACAAUUCAGUUAGCGAACAAGGCAUAAGUUUGCAGAGUUUGCAGCAAAUUUCGGCGAUUUCCGGUCGGCCAUUAAUACGUUCCGGCCCAGGCUUGUGUAACUACGCGGGAGACAAGUAUCACCACAACUGCCAGGCAUGCUUCUGUUUCCAGGAUAGAAAUGGAAACCUGUUUACACUCUGCUUAGGCAAUCCUUGCUCAAAGUAAGAGUUCGAUGAUUGAUUGACCUUAACGGACUACGAUAGUAUAAUUUAGGUUAAAUAGUUUUAAUAAGGCAUGUAGAGACAAAAGCUCAUUCCUAUUUUAAUAAAUACCUACUAAGCGUAAA